AUGGGUCGUAUGCACAAUCCUGGUAAAGGUAUGUCGAAGUCGGCUUUGCCGUACCGACGCUCUGUUCCAUCCUGGUUGAAGUUGACCAGCGCCGAUGUUCAGGACCAGAUUGUCAAGCUGGCUAAGAAGGGUCUCCGCCCAUCACAAAUCGGUGUCAUCUUGAGGGACUCGCACGGAGUCGCUCAGGUGCGCCGUGUCACUGGAAACAAGAUUUUCCGCAUCCUUAAGGCUAAGGGCAUGGCCCCAGAAAUCCCUGAGGAUCUCUACCAUCUCAUCAAGAAGGCGGUGUCUAUCCGAAAGCAUCUUGAACACUCUCGCAAGGACAUUGACAGCAAGUACAGACUGAUUCUUGUCGAGUCCCGAAUCCAUCGUCUGGCUCGUUAUUACAAGACUAGCCGUCAACUUCCAGCGACUUGGAAAUACGAGUCAGCCUACCGCUGCCUCGCUUAUCUCAUAAAGUUGUUUUUGUGA